AAGUUGCUUAAUUCUAUAAAAUAACUUCCAGACAAGCCCAAGUCCACAAGAAAAUGGAUCUCAUCAUUCAGGGGAACGAAGUCCUUCUCCUCCGGGUUCCAGAUCACCUGUAGGUGAGGAUGGUCGACGUAGCAGGAGUCCACGAAGUAGAUCUCGCUCACGAUCUAGAUCACGCUCGUAUUCUCGAUCUUAUUCACGUAGACGUCAUUCGUGCUCUCGUUCAAGGAGCCGUUCUCGAUCUCGCCGCCACAGACAUCAUUACUGCAGCCGUUCUCGUUCACGAUCUCCUAGACAUCGUAGAUAAUAAUUGGUUUGAAAAUGGAAGUUUGAAAGAAAAGAAAAUACUGAUUUACUGCUAAAUCAAGUAAUAGCAGUGAAAAAGUGUGGGAGGAAAAAAACUCAAUGAAAAAUGAAGUUGAAUGCAUUGUUGAAGUAAAAGCGAAUACCAGCAAUGAAAAUAUUAGAGACUGAGGAAUUUUGGAAAAUACUUCCGUUUUAAUCAAAUUUUUAUUUGCACAAAAGAAGAAACCAUACUUCUGUUUCAUACCGUGAAGUGGCAGAAGUGAAACUUCGUGCUAGUAUUUGAAAAAAUGCUAUGGGCCAGAAUAUGAGCUGCUAGAUCAUUUUGUAGAAAUUCAAAGGAAUUUGCAUAUUUGAUCGUCAUCGAGAUUAUUACAGAAGUCAUAGCAGAUCACCUAUGUCCACUCGUCGUCGACAUGUUGGAAAUCGAGAUAAUCCACAGCCAAGUAGAUGUCUUGGAGUGUUCGGUUUGAGUUUAUACACCCAGGAGCGUGAUUUAAAAGAAGUAUUUUCAAAAUAUGGUCCUCUGGAAGAUGUUCAAGUGGUAUAUGAUGCACAGACUGGAAGAUCACGUGGAUUUGCAUUUGUUUAUUUUGAAAAUGUAGAGGAUUCAAAAAUGGCAAAAGAGAGAUGCAAUGGGCAGGAAAUUGAUGGGCGCAAAAUAAGAGUAGACUAUUCCAUUACUCAGCGAGCUCACACUCCAACGCCAGGAAUAUACAUGGGAAAACCAACUUACCCUAGAUAUGGUGGCAGUGGUGGUGCUGGAGGAGGAAGUGGAGGUGGAGGUUACAGAGGAAGGUCUCCUUCCCCCUAUUACAGUCGUAGUCGAAGAUAUUCCAGGUCCCGCUCCCGCUCCUAUUCACCCCGGUCACAAGACAGAAAAAUAAGAGGAUGAAGAGUUGAAGAGUAUUUAUCCUCACAUUGGUGAAGAUAGAAAAUGUAAAUUAGAAUAUAAAUGAAACCAUAUAAGUAAUUGAAGAAACAAGUUAGGCGUUUGAAGCAUUCAAAUACAGAAGCAAAUAGAAGAGCACAGGGAAAAUUUAAUAGCUGACAAUCAAGACUUAGAGAAAAAAGAAAAGUCAAAUUAAGUGAAUUGGUGAAGAAAGAAGUAUGCAACUAAAGAAGCAGAGAAAACAUUUGAUGUUUGUUUUUAGGUAAGCAAACAUCAGUGUCGGGAAGAUUUUUCUUUGCCCGACGUAAAUAACUUCUUCCCCAACCAUUGGUCAAAAUUUUAAGAUUUCCAAUGGGAGAACAAAAUUUUAGAGGGUUACCAAGUUGAAAAUUGAACAUUUUCAGUUUAACUGAAAAUGAGGAAUUUUCAAUUUUAUUUAGAAUUUUGACUUUUAAAUUUCUCUCUCCCAGGAAAUUAGUAAUUUUUAGUUUAAUGUAAAUUUAUUUAAGGCAAUUUAAAAUAAUGGGGUUAAAAUAGCAAUAAAUUAGUAACGGUGGUGUGCAAUUUGAAAAAUAUUGGCAUGGAUCUAAGUCAGCAUUGUUAGUUAAGCUCUUUAAAUGCAUUUUGCAAUAGAUUAUUAGUUUAAAAGUUAAAGCAUAGCCUAUAUAUGUAAUAGAUAUAUAGAGCGUAUAUAUAUAUGUAUAUAGUUUUUUAUUUAAAAGGUGCGAUUUCAUUGAAAGCAUACUUGGUGCAGCUGAUUUGAAAUUAUAAAAUUUUAGCUUUUCAGAACUGGGAAUCAAAGGUGAGUAUUAACUGUCCCACUGGAAACUAAAGAAGUUAAAUCUGCAGUAAAGUAAGUAUACAAGGAUAACGGUAAGUAUUUUUGAAAGACAUUUUAUUUUAAAAUAAAAUGGUAUUCAGUGAGAGUCAUUGUAUUUAAGUAAAUCUCAUUGUCUAAUUUACAAUAGGGAGAAGAGAAGGGUAAUUAUAUAUGCCCUGAAAGUAUGUAUUGAAAAGCUGGAGAAAAAAAAGAAGUAAAAACUGUAUGGUUGAUUUGUUAAAAAGAUAAAAAGCUAAAUAAAACCUAAUUAAACAUA